UGGACCCCAUCCUGUCUAUCCGUUGUUAAGAUUAAUUAGUGACCUUUUAGCUCUGCACUACCUCACAAUCCUGUAAUCCCAUUUUGCCUAUAUGACAUGAGGGUUAGUUGAGAGGUAUAAAAACCACAGUGUGCAACACUGAACCUUGUCACCAACUACACCAGUAGACUCCUUACGCAGACUCAACAGAAGAGCUGACAAGCAAAGAUGGUUUGGGAUGGAGGAAUUGAGCCCAAUGGCACUGAGGGCAAGAACUUCUACAUACCCAUGUCCAACAGGACUGGGAUUGUUAGAAGCCCUUUUGAGUACACUCAGUAUUAUAUGGUAGACCCGAUAAUUUACAAAGUUCUAGCUUUCUACAUGUUCUUCCUGAUCUGCACCGGAACUCCCAUCAACGGUCUGACAUUGUUCGUAACUGCUCAGAACAAGAAGCUCCGGCAACCUCUCAACUACAUCCUGGUCAACCUGGCUGUGGCUGGACUCAUCAUGUGCUGCUUUGGAUUCACCAUCACCAUCACGUCAGCUCUUAAUGGCUACUUCAUUCUUGGACCCACCUUCUGCGCUAUUGAGGGAUUCAUGGCCACACUUGGAGGUGAGGUUGCUCUCUGGUCACUUGUUGUUCUGGCUGUUGAGAGAUACAUUGUUGUCUGCAAACCCAUGGGAAGCUUCAAGUUCACUGGAUCUCAUGCUGGUGCUGGAGUACUCUUCACAUGGAUCAUGGCAAUGGCUUGUGCUGCACCUCCACUUUUUGGCUGGUCCAGGUACAUUCCAGAGGGAAUGCAGUGCUCCUGUGGUCCUGACUACUACACACUGGCUCCAGGCUUCAACAAUGAGUCUUAUGUCAUCUACAUGUUUGUUGUCCACUUCUUUGUUCCUGUCUUCAUCAUUUUCUUCACUUAUGGGAGCCUUGUGAUGACAGUCAAAGCUGCAGCAGCACAGCAGCAGGACUCAGCUUCUACCCAGAAAGCUGAGAAGGAAGUGACACGUAUGUGUAUAUUGAUGGUCUUGGGCUUCCUGGUAGCUUGGACACCAUAUGCCAGCUUUGCUGGUUGGAUUUUCCUGAACAAGGGAGCCUCCUUCAGUGCCCUGACUGCAGCCCUCCCUGCUUUCUUUGCAAAGAGCUCUGCCUUGUACAAUCCUAUUAUCUACGUGCUCAUGAACAAACAGUUCCGUAACUGUAUGCUAUCCACUAUUGGAAUGGGCGGCAUGGUGGAGGAUGAGACCUCAGUUUCAGCAAGCAAGACAGAGGUGUCCUCUGUGUCUUAACCGUGAUGGCAUCUUCAGAUUUAUGGACAUUACAGAUUGUUUCCAGAUUUCAAAAGAUCCAAUUAGAGAAAAUUUUUGCCAAAUGGAUUUAACAAAGGGACUCUGGAUCAAAAGCACUAAGGAAUUCUAAGUUAUCUUAUCUGUGAACUACCAGAAGAGGAAAGGCAUUUUCUGUUGAGGUUAUCUUGUGCAGCAAGUGUGUCUGUGUUCCUGCGAAUGUGAAUGAGUGAAUAUGAGUGACCUCAUAAUCUAAAAACACCUCAACUUGUAAACCUGCUGAAAUGUGACACUUUUACCUGAUGAAUGUCCAGUCACAUGUUGAUUGUUUUCAUGUGGGAGAGCAUAUAUUUUACUGGUUUACCAGUGGUGUUAUUUUUAUGCAUUAUAUGAAAAAGAAAAAAAAAAAAGAACUGAGUAGAGAAUAAAUGCAUGCAUGAAAAAGAAACAUACUGGUGUGGUUGUUUAACUCUGAACCUUUACAUGCUGGUUUGAUUAUCUGCUGCCUAAAACCAAAGAAGAACUCUGCAUAUUUAAGGAAUAUUUGAAAUUAAAUUACAAGCCCUAAUGUGUUUCAUGAGCAGAUAAGAGAAGAUAAGAUAACAGCUGAUGCAUAUUAUGACUAGCUGCAUCCAAAACUGCAAUAUUCAAUAUUUCAGGUUGAAUCAAUUUGUGUUUUUAUGUAGCCCAAAAUAGUUUGAACUCGAGCAUUUUCACAAUCUGUGCGAUAUUUAAUAUACUUAACCCCUUAACUCUCAAGAAAAUGAUUGUUUAAGUAAAUAUAUAUGCCA